AUGGACUUUUACUUUGCCACUGGAGAGACACCCAAAGAGAAACAAGAUAGAUUGGAGCUGCUACAUUCAUCACACUUUAAAAUAUCGCUAUCUGAUACUGGUUAUAUUGCACGUGACAUGAUCAUGCUCUUGCAAAAUACAAGUUCAUAUCCAACAUCUUUUGCAGAGCAAACUUACAAGACCGUGUGUACAGGUAAUCUCCGUCCAGAAGAUACUACUUUGCAAGUUCUUAUCAAAUCCAAUGCACUCUUAGAGAAACCCAUUACCAUUCAAAAUAUCUUUAGAGGUGCUAUUGGAUUGGAUACUCUUCCAACUGAUCCUCUCUCAUUCUACCCCAAAGAUAUUGCAGAUGAGGUACAUUCAGACAUUUCUUCACUCAUGGUUGAUAUUGGGAAAGGAUCGGUCGAUAUCACAACAUUGCCGUUUAUUCUUCGAUGCAGUACUAAUACCAAGUCAUUUGAUUAUCGAUUUGCCAUCAAGUUGCAACAACCCCAACAAGGAGAAGUAACCUACCUUGUUUAUGUACAAGUCAAACACUCGCAUCUCGAAACAAUAACAUCGACAUCAUACAAUGAAUGGCUACGACUCGCUCUCAAGUGGUACUCUGACAUCAAGAAUGUUAACCCUCCUGCUCCCCUUCCCAAGAAUAGAAGAACUCCAGUGGUGCAAAAAGUGUACUCCAAGAUAAUGGUUAUCGUCACCAAUCGAGUAGUUCCCAAUGCUCAAGAUUUAAGUUUGGAUUUUUCCCAAGAAGCCCCUGGUCACCAUCUUCUCAUCAUUCACAGGGACAACCUCGCCAACUUUCUCUCUCCAACCUUUGCGCACAGAGGUCUUGUCUCUCAUAUUUCUCAACCACCAACCGCAGUUUAUAGACCGACGAGCACAAUUUUUCAAUCUCAAAUGAACCAUACAAAUCAUUAG